AAUUGCCAUAAACUUCCCGCCUUUUGCCAUAAGUUCGUUCGAUAUCGUGGUGUUGUGGUUGUUUACGUUGAAAAUUGAACUAAUCAGUGAUAAAUAAUUUAUUCGGUUUUAGAGUGAAAAUGUGAUAGUUUUUUGAGAAAAAUGCGUAAUUUAUGAUAUUCCACCCGAUGUGAUUUUAGCCAAAGAAUCUAGACUAGAUGGCAAUCAAACUAAAUUUGAAUUUUCUCGAAGUUCAAGAUAUCAUCGACCAUAAAAUAGAAGAUAACGAGUAUAUAUUCUGCGUAUUAUGGAGCGGAUCUAACGUCAAAAGCUGGGUAAAUACCGAAUUCGUAUCGUCGUUUCCGUUACACGUACUCUUACGAUAUUUCGCCACCUUCAUCGGUUCGAUCGAUAACAUCCUCGAUGUGGACAUCAUAAAAAAAGUCGAAAAAGUCGAAUCCUUGAUAUGCAAAUCAUGUACCAAAUCGGAACUCAACAAGAUGGUACAAAGCUACUUGACCAUCAGUGGGUUAAAGUUACCUGCAUCAAAACGCAGCCUAGUCCAAGAAGAACUCAUAGAUUACAUCAAAAGCCACACAAGUCCGACUUUAAGGCAAAUGGAAGAUCUACGUCGUAAAAUUAUUCUCGAAUGGAUUCUCGAGUUACGAGAAGUGCAAUUGUUAACUCUACAACAAAUGCAACUCGAAAUUAAUCUGAUUUCGGAUAACGAAGCCGAAAUCACCGUCGAAAAUAACGUCGAUUUAGAAGUGCUGCCGGCGAAUUUCACUUACGUGAAUAACAACGUCCCAGGUUACGGUGUAACCAUUCCUACAGAUCCGCCGAUCGGUUGUAAUUGCUUAUUAGGAUGUGCCUGGUCGAAACAGAAAAUCGUCAGCGGUUCGUGCUGUACGGAUAAUGCGGAUGUGGAACCAGCCUACGAUGAUAAUAAAAGACUCAUUUUUACGAAACGUAAACCAAUCUAUGAGUGUAAUAAGAAGUGUACCUGCGACAAAUCAUGUCCUAAUCGAGUUGUCCAAAAUGGUACGAAUGUUAAACUAGAAAUCUUUCGUACGUUCAACGAUUGCGGUUGGGGUGUUCGUACGUUGGAAUACGUUCGCAAAGGCACCUUUAUAGCUCGAUAUGUCGGCGAAGUAAUCACUUUCGAAGAAGCGAAGAAUCGUUGUGACGAGUAUUUAUUCGACAUCGAUUUGAAUUACGCUUCUGUACAGGACGAAUGCGCCUAUACCGUCGAUGCUAUUAAAUACGGUAAUGUCAGCCGUUUCAUCAAUCAUUCCUGCGACCCUAACUUAUGCGUUUUUGGAGUUUUUACCGAUUGCCUGGAUCCGGAUCUGCAUGAGAUUGCGUUUUUCGCUGCCAGAGAUAUUAUUCCCGGAGAGGAAAUUAGUUUCGAUUAUAAAAAAAAGAUGAUUUGUAAAUGCGGUUCGAUUAAAUGCAAAUUAAAGUAACUUUUCGAUCUGAUUAUGAUUAACGUAACAUUUUGUUUAUUUUUUACGAACUUAUUUAUUCGUCAGUAUUAUUUAUCAACAUUUUAAAAAAUGUUUAUUUUUGUAUAAGCAGGUUUUAUGUCGUACUUUAAUUUUGAUUAGAUUUAUCUAUCCUUAUAUUCGAACCGGUCUCUAAUGUGAUUAUUUUUACAUGAAAAAAAAAUUACUUACUGUAUAUUUUACGUAAUUUAAACGAUCUAUGUUAUCGAGAUUUUAAUCGAACAAUUAAUUUACAAAUUUCAACUCAACCUAUUUAUUGUUACAUGCAAAGUGCAAUUGCAAUCGUGGUAGGUAUUCAAUGUGCAAUAUAAUUACUUUGAGGUCA